AUGGACCAAACGGACCGAAAAUUUUGGACGUUUUACAUCAAGAAUUGGUGUCCAGGGAGAAGUGUGCUCCAAGAAACGAAUUUGUGGCUCAAAGACUUUGCCCAGAUGCACAAAAGCGACGGCGUCAGGGCCGCGAUACAAAGCCUUGCCGGAAUAUACAUCUAUGACUACUUGCCAAAGGACGAUGUGCGCAAGCGCGUCAACGAGAGAUUCUCUGAAGCCGAAUCACGGCUCAGCUCGCUCCUGGCUGAUCCAGCAACAACCAACAAUGAAAGCCGUGCCAACGAACUCAUCACCAUUGCGGUGAUUUUGUCGAUGCAAGAUAUUGUCUUGACGGAGCGUCGACUUCCAAAGCCGGAAACUCCUCGAUGGCUUUCCGGCUUCAAGCAGGGCGAAUUAUUCUUGCAAGCAACAGACCAGGGCUCACGCUUUUGGAAGCGCUCCAAUGCGCAACUCUCAUCGCUUCGCAUCUCACAGUCGAUUAUUGUCGGUCGCGCUGUGAUUCUGGCCCAGCCCAUGACGGCACUUCCGGCACCCGAGACCUUUGAUCCAGAAGCCGAAGCCUCCAGAUUUGGCUGGCUUCUAUAUGGAUCGGAGAGUGACAUGUACGAGAUACACGGCGGCUGUGGGUUCUCAAAAAAGCUCUUGCACAUCAUGAGCCAAAUCACGUACUGUGCAGCGCGCCUGAAGCAAGACCCGGAGAACAUAGUGGUGCCGAUGACCACGCAAUACCUUCUGAAGGAGUUGGUGCAGAUGAGGCAGUGGAGCAGCGAGUCCAAGGACUGGAAGAGCGCCAAAGCUGGGCCGUCCGUAGCAGAUUGGCUUCGUGGCAUGCCCGAAGACUACCAGAUUGACACAUCUGCCGAAAUGACGGAUGUGACGGCCGAGGCUUGGAGACUGACGGCCAUAAUCUACCUACAAUGCCGCGUUCUCAGAUUGCCUCGAAGCCAUCCUGAGGUGAUGUCCACAUUGUCCGAUUUGGCAGGAUGCAUCAAGGUGAUGCCGACGUCCGGCUUCCAGUUCACGGCGCAAGCGCCCUUGUUCCCAGUCUUCUUACUGGGAAUGCUCGCGACGAAAUCAAGUCACAGGGCGGCGUCCAAGACAUGGUUUGACGAGGUGGUCUCCACCCCCGUCAGAAGUAGUGUUCCGCCGCUCUAUGAGGCGCUUCAGCGUAUUUGGCAGUGGAUCGACGACAUGAUUGCAGUAACCACGCCAACUAGCGUCGAGGCCGAACCCAUAGGCCGUCGAUUUGCCUGGUGGGAACAACUAGUCGAAGAAGUCGCCAACCGGGAAAACGAAGUGCUAUGCUUAACGUAA